UCCGCGUCGGGCGGGUCGGCGCUCGGCUGGCCGUGCCUGUCGGCCGCUUCCGCUGUCGCGUUGGCGCCGCGGGGGCCCGGGGGGGUCCGGGGCCGCCAUGACCAACGUUUACUCACUGGACGGGCUCCUGGUGUUCGGGCUGCUACUGGUUUGCACUUGUGCGUACCUGCGGAAGGUGCCCCGACUGCGCACCUGGCUCCUGUCCGAGCGCAGGGGGGUCUGGGGAGUCUGCCACAAGGCUGCUGUGAUUGGGACCCGCCUGCACGUGGCUGUGUCUGUGUCCUGUCUUCUCAUGGCCUUCUACGUCCUUGUGGGGAAGUGACCACUUGGAGGCCUGCUGGUGACCUGAGAGAGACCCUGGGACUGACAAGAGAUCCUAUGACUGAUUCCAGAGACCCCAGUAUGGACCAGAGACCCCGGUACUGACCCCAGUGUCCCAGUACCAACCAGAGACCCCACUGCUGACCCUGGAGACCCUGAUACCGACCCUGGAGACCCCAGUACUGACCCUGAACCACCCCAGGUCCUGCCCCUGGCAGCAGCCUGUAUCCUGCGUGUGGCAGCCUGGGGACCAUCAUGGCCCAUCACCCUCCUCGAACCCACCGUGGGCAACUGUGGGGGCCACCAGGGCACCUUUAGACUGUUGGAAAAGGAUUUCCUGUUAAUCCUGUGGAGAAGUGGGUGAAGGGACCCCUGUGGCUGGGGGACCCAGCUCUGCCCCGUGAGCCCCUUCUCUUGAUGCCGAGCAGGGUCCUGGUGGUGGGACCAUGGCAGACUGUGGGGCCUACACAGGGCCCCCCGCAUCAGUGGGAUCUUCCCACGCCCCUGCAGCAUGAGGGCCCUUAGGGGGGUCUCCCUCUGCAGUGGGGGGCUGUGACCCCCCCCGGGUUGUAAAUACUGGACCGCCACAUGCAAAUAAAGUGGGGGUUCCUCUGUGGCA